AUGGCUGUAAUAAGCGAGAAGAACACAUCCGAUACAGAAUUCCAGUACUCCCCAAAUCCCUUGGGGAAGGGCCGGAAGAUACGCAUCCUCAUGGUAGGGGCUGGUUUGACCGGGAUCGGCGCAGUAAAGAUAUUCAAGGAGACCUUUCCAAGCAAUGAAAUGGAGCUUGUCAUCUACGAGAAGAACUCCGACGUAACAGGCACCUGGCUGGAGAAUCGCUACCCGGGAUGUGGAUGCGAUGUUCCUGCUCAUGCUUACACGUACUCUUGGGAAGGCAAUCCAAGAUGGAGCCGCGCCUAUGUAGGCGCCCUUGAGUUAUUCGAUUACUUCAAAGGUCGUGCUAUAGCGUACGGUGUGAACGACUUUGUACAUCUCGAAAAUCGUGUCGACAGUGCCGCAUGGGACGAUAAGAGCGGCAAAUGGAAUAUCCAUGUCACGGACCUUAGUACAGGCUCAAGCUUUGAAGAUGAGGGAGACAUUUUGAUCAACGCGGCGGGAUUCUUAAAUUCCUGGAAAUGGCCAGAGAUCCAGGGACUCCAUGAUUUUGGUGGCAAGUUACUGCAUUCGGCUUCUUGGGACUCUGACUACGAUUUCAAAGACAAGACAGUCAUAGUUAUCGGGACUGGCAGCUCGGCCAUUCAGCUUGUGCCACAACUUCAAUCAAAGGUGAAACACUUGGUCUCCAUCAACCGAUCCAAAAUAUGGAUUACUGCUGAAUGGGCUGGAGAACAUGCUCCUGAAGGACGAGAUACGUUUUUCUCAGGCAUGCAGAAAGAGAACUGGGCGACAAACAAAGAUGAAUUUCUCGAAUAUCGUCGGAGUGUCGAAUCCACCGUCAACGGGUUAUUCGAUAUGAGUUACAAAGACUCCGAGUCACAGAAAUGGGCAUACAAUAAUUUUGCAGAAUUGAUGCGAAAGCGGCUCGGCUACAAACAGGAUCCGAUUGAGAAGUUAGAUAUUGACUAUGAGCUAUUAGUGCCUGAUUUCGAAGUUGGCUGUAGAAGGGGAGCACCAGGCCACGGUUAUCUAGAGGCACUUGCAUCGGACAACGUCAGUGUGGUCACCACUGCCAUCCAAGCCGUCACUAAGACUGGCCUGCUUAUGGCUGAUGGAAGCAACUUGGAAGCUGAUGCUAUCAUUUGUGCCACCGGAUUCGACACAUCUUUUCGACCUGGGUUUCCUGUGGUAGCUUUUGAUCAUGAUCUACGCGAAGUAUGGAAAGAAGAGCCGACUGCAUAUAUGUCAAUUGCAGCCGCCAAGGUACCGAACUACUUCAUUAUGAGUGGACCCAAUUUUCCACUCGGCAACGGCGGCCUCAUUCCCUGCCUCGAAACAAAUGUGAGAUAUGCCUUUGCUGCUGCCAAAAAGAUUCAAUACGAAGGAAUCAAAUCAUUGGCACCAAAGCCAGAGGCUGUGCAUGAGUUCCAGCAGUACAAGGACUCCUUGAUGAAAGACCUUGUUUGGACAGGCGCUUGCGUAUCAUGGUAA